AUGGAGUCAUACAAGAAGGGCAAGCCACGUUCUAGUUUUCUUUAUGGAGUCAAUUCAUCUCCGUAUUCAGCUGCUCAACUUGCCACUGGUCCUAGCAACCAUAUAGAUCUAUCCUUUAUGUACCGAGCUUUGACAGAGAUCAGCGCCGAAGAAGGGGAGCGUCAGCAAGCGUUGGAGUAUACUGGCCUAUUUGUAAAUUGCCCAAAUGGGUGGAAGAUGCUCUCAAAUUCAGCUAUCUUUUCAUGUAUCUGGCUGAACCUACGAGAAUUGUGCAAGUACUUUAGCAGACUGAACCGAUCAAAAGAUCUUAGCCGUUCAAGGGCUGAAACGGAAGAUGUGCGAGCGAUCGCUGACUCGCUUUGCUCUUAUGGAAUCAAUUUCAUCAUUAAGGCGGCUUCAAAUCGAGCCAAGGGUCAAUUUCUCAUACAAAGAGGUGAUCGAGCAGAAGCAUCCGUGUAUCUCUCGCGGGCAGAUACGCUUCGAGAUGAAGUUGAUGUUGAGGGAAGUGAGGAAGAGAAGAAUGAGGAAACCACGGACGAGCUGGAUGCGAGACCGAACAAAGCGAUAAUGAGAGAAUUUUUGGAGAUAGAGCUCAAGCCUAACGCCUAUGAAGUAUAUGCCGCGCGCUUUAAAGACCUCCGAUGGGAUGCACUCGGUUUCGGUGCAUUUCGUACCGGUGCACUCGACGGAGGAGGCUCGGGAUGGCCUCGGAGGGUCGAGGACGCCACCAAUUUUCGCCAGCUGGGGCACGUGCUCCAGACGCUGCCGUCAGGAAGAGCAGGCACUGACGGUCCGGCCACUGUUGCUCUUCCAGACCGGUGGAGCGGCCACUACCCCACAGCCUUUGUUGGCUGCGGAAUAGUGGCCGCGUGGCUGCUCUUCCUGACGGCAGCGUCUGGAGCACGUGCCCCAGCCGGCAAAAAUUGGUGGCGUCCUCGGCUAAAUGCAACCAUCAAGGCAGUCUUUUCAGAAGUCUGA